CCUGACCAGCACCACAGCCGGUCUCUGGUCUCUCCGCAGGCGCCGGGAGACCUCGUCAGAGUGCUUUGUGCUUCCCGUGGAGCAGGUCUCUCGUCCGUGGCCGGCCGGGCGCAUCUUGUGCCCCAGAGGCAUGGCCGGAAGGCAGAACUGAGCGAGCCAGGCAGAUCUCGAUCUCAGUGUGCAGAUGGUGCGGGGCCCGGCAGGCACCAUGCGGCUCGGGGCCCUGCUGGCGCUGCUGCUCUGUUCAAGCCUCGAGGGUCAAGAAAACUCUUUCACCAUCAACAGGGUCCACAUGGAGGGGCUGCCGGACUGGACGGUGCCGAAUGGGCAGAACCUGACCCUGCGGUGCCUCGUGGACAUCAGCACCACCUCGCACAUCCAGCCUCAGCACCGCGUGCUCUUCUUCAAGGAUGACGUGCUGUUUUACAACGUCUCCUCCACGGAGAGCACCGAGAGCUUUUUCAUUCCCCAGGCCCGGGUCUAUAACUCUGGGACAUACAAGUGCACGGUGAUUCUGAACAACAAGGAGAAAACCUCUCCGGAGUACCAGGUGUCGGUGAGAGGAGUGCCCAAUCCCAGGGUGACGCUGGACAAGAAGGAGGCGAUAGAAGGCGGGUUUGUGACGGUCAAUUGCUCCGUCCCAGAGGAAAAGGCCCCGAUACAUUUCAUAGUCGAAAAACUGGACCUCGAUACAAAGCAAGUCAAGCAGAAAAAAGAGAAGACUUCUUGGAACCGGAAUUUUGUGACGCUCGAAUUCCCCAUAGAGGAGCUGGAGCAGGUGUUAAUAUUCCGAUGUCAAGUCAGCAUCAGGAUCAUGUCUGGGACCCACCCGGAGGUCUCCGAAUCCACCAGGAGUGACCUGGUCACUGUGAGAGAAUCCUUCUCUGUUCCGAAGUUCCACGUCAGCCCCACCGGGACGAUCACAGAAGGAGAUGAGCUCCACAUUAAGUGCACCAUUCAAGUGACCUCCCUGGCCCAAGUGUUUCCGGAAAUCAUAAUCCAGAAAGACAAGACGAUCGUGGCCUACAACAGACAGGGCAAGGAGGCCGUCUACUCGGUCAUGGCCCUGGUGGAGCACAAUGGCAACUACACGUGCAAAGUGGAAUCCAGGCAGAUUUCCAAGGUCAGCAGCAUCAUGGUCAACAUCACAGAACUGUUUGCCAAGCCAAAGCUGGAGGUUUCGUCCACCCGUCUGGACCAAGGCGAAAUCCUGGCCCUGUCGUGCUUCAUCCCGGGAGCCCCUCCAGCCAACUUCACCAUCCAGAAAGAAGACACAAUCGUGUCGCAGAAUCAAAAUUUCACUAAAAUUGCCGCAGAGUGGGACAGCGGGACGUACACCUGCACUGCGGGCAUUGGCAAGGUGGUGAAGAGAAGCAACGCGGUCCGGAUAGCCGUGUGUGAAAUGCUCUCCAAGCCCAGGAUCUCCUACGAUGCCAGGUCUGAGGUCAUCAAAGGACAAGCCAUAGAAGUGAGCUGCCAAUCAAACGGAACUUCACCUAUUUAUUAUCACCUUUUAAAAGCAAAUAAGAUCUUGGAGAGCUGUACAAAGGACUCAAAUGAUCCUGCAGUAUUUAAAGAUAACCCAACCAAAGACGUGGAAUACCAGUGUAUCGUGGAUAAUUGCCAUUCCCAUGCCGAAAUGUACAGCGAGGUUCUGAAGGUCAAGGUGAUUGCCCCGGUGGAAGAGGUCAAGCUGUCCAUCCUGCUGAAUGAGGUGGUGGAGUCUGGGACGGACAUCGUGCUCCGCUGCUCCGUGAAUGAGGGCACGGGUCCCAUCACCUACAAGUUCUACAAGGAGAACGGGGACAGACCCUUCUUCCAAGUCACCGCGAAUGACACGCAGGCGUUUUGGCGCAAGCAGCAGGCUAGCAAGGAGCAGGAGGGCCAGUAUUACUGCACGGCCUCCAACCGAGCCAGCUUCGCCAUGCGUGGCUCCCAGAGCAACACGCUGACCGUGAGAGUCUUCCUUGCCCCGUGGAAGAAAGGACUGAUUGCAGUGGUUGUCAUCGGGGUGAUAAUUGCCGCCUUGAUCAUUGGGGCCCGAUGCUAUUUUCUGAGGAAAGCCAAAGCCAAGCAGGCGCCAGUGGAGAUGUCCAGGCCGGCAGCACCACUUCUGAACUCCAACAGCGAGACCGUGUCAGAUCCCAACAUCGAAGCCAACAGUCAUUAUGGUUACAAGGAUGACGUUGCAAACCAUGCCAUGAAGCCAGUAAACGAAAAUAAAGAGCCCCUGAACUUGGACGUGGAGUACACAGAAGUGGAAGUGUCCUCAGUGGAGCCACACCGAGCUCCAGGGACCAAGGGCACAGAGACGGUGUACAGUGAGAUCCGGAAAGCCGACCCUGAUUUCAUGGAGAACAGAUACUCUAGAACGGAAGGCUCCCUUGAUGGGACCUAGACAGCCCAGGCAGAGGCUCAGCCCCGGGAGGACGUCCGCGUUCCGAGACGAGCAGAUGAUCCCUGUAUUCCAAGGGCUCUGUGCACUUAUUUAUGAACCUGCCCUGCUCCCAUCGAACACAGCAAGCCACAGACCAAGCCACCAGCUCGGAACUCCUCCUGCUGAGUCGGCGCGGGUCUGAAAAGGAGCACACAGAGGGGCUGCUUCUCCCACGGGGCUCUCCUCGCACCUCGGCCGAGCAACCUUGCGAUCGGGAGAGCAGAAGCGGGUUCGGGGUAAACAGGCCAUUGGGAUACUUUGAAACUUGAAUAUUUUGUAUGUACAGAAAGAACUUUCCACACACCCUCCUCCACAAAACCCAGUUUCUAUCUUGUAGUCGAUCACUUCUAGCAAACUGCCUGGUUUAGGGACUAGUUUUUUUCUUUUUUUCUUCAAAGGCUUUUACUUCUGGGUAGCCCUUGUUCUUUGGAAGUCCACGUUGCUGACCAGAUGGCUCCACCCUGUCCCCUCUACAGCCCCGGGACACCACCUCUGGCCAAGCACAGUGCUUGGGAGCAAGCCCUGUGGUGCCAGCUUGCAGGCGAGGUCCAGCGGGCAGUGCUCAGAAUCGAGAAGCAGGUGCACAAGCACAGAUGUUCGUGGGCUGUUCUUCUAGAACCUUCCUUUCCCUCUACCCUGCUGAAGGCGGAAAGAUGGGAGGAUGGUCGCCUACAGCAAAUGUUAUUUUUAGUAGAAAAUUGAAAUGUGUAUUUUUCUUACUAAUUUUUUUAUUUAUUCCUUGCUAAAGAAACGGCCGCCUGAGGUCUGAAAGUGUUUCCCAGGGUGUCGGGAGUGGGUGGAAGAGGGGCUGUGGCAGUUUGCCUGGGCAGCACUGCACGGCGGGAACC